AUGGGGGGUCCUUCCCGCAACAACGAUCCUAACUGGACGCCCCAACUGUCGGCGUUUACCUCCGGCGAUGCCCACAACGGCUGCCGCGCCCUCUUUAACGGCACGGCGGGGUGGGCUUACUUCGGACCCGCGGGAGAGAUCGAUGAAGGCGCCCUGCCCGCCGGCACCGUCUCCUACCCCUACAACGUGAAGGGGGACAAGAGCGGGUUGUUCGGCGUGACCGCAAGCGGCAGCGGCGGCGGCGGCGGCGGCGGUGGCGGUGGCGCUAGCCAGGCGGCUAAGAAGCCAGGCGAUGAUUUGAACAGGAAGAGCAACGAAAUGCGAGGUGUUUACUUCGACGCUAAGGAUCUGGCACACCUCGUGCGCGGCUGGGCGGGGGAUGACGGGGAUGAUGGUGAUGAUGAUGAUGCCGUGCAGUACGGUGGCGGCUGUUCCGAGCGGGGCGGCGGCGGAGAGGAGGAGGAGGGGAGGCCCAGGAAGGGCCGUCCGAUCGUGCUCACCCUCCAGGCCAUCCUCGCCGCUACUACUCCCACUGCCGCCGCAGCGGUAGUCGCCGCCGACGCCGUCGCCGCUUUCCCGUUGAACGCCAAAGCGGCGGCAGCAGCAGCAGCAGAAGAAGAAACCGCCACGGACAAGGACGGCAACAACUACACAGGGGCGGCGGCCGCUAUGCCAGCGGCGGCGGCGGCGGUGGCGGGGGUCACCGCCGCCGACAACAACGCCCAGUUCCCCCCGCUCAUGCUGCGGGACGCCUCCGCCGAGAAAGGUCCGGGUCUCUACCUCGCUCCCCCCAUCACCAUGGUAAAAAAGAACGGCCCCGGCCACCCGGCGGAGCAACUCGCCGCCAGCCACGAAGCGGCGGCGGUGGGGACGCAGGGCUGCGCAGUCUCCUGCUCGGAAGCGGCGGCAGCGACUUCCGUCGCCGAAGCCACCGUCUUGGCCGCCGCCGCCGCCGCCGCCGCCGAUGAGACUGCGGCGGACGGGGCAGCAGCAACGGCUGCUACGACAGGAGGAGGAGGCGGCCGGGCGGCUGAUCGCGCGAAGAGCAUGCUCGAGGACGAGGACCCUUACUACGCCAGGAAGAGGGUGGGAGCGUUCGCACACAGGACUAAGCCCCGUGGGAAGGCGCACAAGUGAUCUCUCUCUCUCUCUCUCUUGAGGUUUCCGUGUUAAAGGGUCAAGCCUGCUGGGGCAAGAAGCAAGUGGUCUUGUCGCUCUCUGGGUUUCCUUUCAAUAGUGUUGAAGGAGGACCAAAGGUCGCGGGAAAGCAACGCAUAUGAUCUAUCUCUCUUUUUAGGUUUCCUUCCCUUCGUGUCAAAGGGCCUUUAGAAGCAGUCAACUCUUGGGGGUAAGGGUUAUAUUGGCCAACCAAGCCUGCCAACCGGGACAGGGCUAAUAUUUUAUGUUUACCGUAAGAUGCCCCUCAUCUCCUGGACCGAUUUCCAUGGCUCGAUUAUUCCGCAGCAGGGAAACUGGCAGUGCCGAAAAUGGCGGCGUUGGAAUCAUGUCGUCGAGAGCUUUCCGAAAACGUAUCGUUUGAUUUUGUACAUGUUCGUUGUGGAGUAGUCGAGAUUUGAAAACCGAUGCAGGGGGUGUGGUAACUUGUGUCAUGUCACGGACGGUAGGUUUCCUUGCAAGACAAACGCCUUGCGGCGAACGCACGCAAGUGAAUAUUUUUGCCUCUGUAAAGUCAGAGGGCCGUGUACAUAAAGGGGGUGGGGUUCGGGCAGAAAAGGAGGGGCGGGCGUGGUACUUGAUUAAAUAAAAAGGAAAAAAAGAGUCUGUAAAAACGUGAGAGAAAAAUAUGGGUUGGUAUUGUAAUGUAUGUUCGUCUCCGCGUCACACCGCGGCGGAGAAGAGAAAGACGAAGGGGGUUCGGCGGAAGAGAGAAAAAAACACGGGGAUUAUCGGCGUGUGGCCGAGGGGUUUCCUGGAGAGAGUAAGCUAACUAAUAGCCUGCACUGGGGCCGCGGGGUGCCGCCGGACCUGGCGUGCGUGUUGCGAAGGGAGCAAGUCACCCCCGCUUGUUCCGGGCAUUUUGUUUUUCGUCCGUUGUUUUUUGUCUCGUGGUUUCUACUCUUUCAUCUGGGGUUGGUAGCAUGUAACAGCAGUGUUGACGCUUGCGCGUCUCUGCCCCUAGACAGCAGCAGCAGCAGCAGCAGCAGCAGCAGCAGCAGCAGCAGCAGGCAAACAAGCAAGCAAGUUGAGAAUUUACGGACGAGGGUAUGGCACCAAACAUCCACGGAGGCCGGCGGUGGUGGUGGGGGGUGUUUUUUGGAGUUGUAGUAAGGGGGGCCCGCUGAUUGUAAGUGGGCCAAGCGGUGUUGCAAAGGAGCCCCGCGGAUUGUUUUCUCGUGAGUGAACGCUGAAUGAUAUACAGCAGUGCAUACGGCGACACAGCAGUCGAACCACGGUCGGUCAAGGACACAAAACACCUGUUUUUUUGCUAAUAAAAGUGUCCUUAAGCCGAGGAAGUGCCAUUAAGGUUGAUACCCCUCCUCAUCUUAUACGUUCUGCGAGCCACCAUGCCUGUGAAAAAAAAGACCUUCUUAACUUAGGAGGUUUCCUUAAAAAUGGUGUCCUUAAGCGAGGCACGACUGUAGUACUGAAAAGUUCAGUGUUGGUUGUGGUGAGCAUGAGCAUUUUUUUGUUUUCCGGGUUGUUGCUGUACGGCUCUCGAGGGAUGCGCUAUUUAUUAUUUGUUGCCUGCUGUGGUUGUGUUGCGUUAAUGUUGGUUUUGUUGGCAUCUCGUGCGAGACCGACCACCGCGUGGAGUGUAUUACAUGCAUGCGUUGCAGCACCCCACUCGGUUGCAGCUUUUGUUCUCUUGUCUCUCUCUUUUUUUUUCGGUGUUUUUUUUUCCUGUCCGUGGAAAAAAACCGUUUUUUUUAGGGGCCAGCCAACAACAAUGUGCUGUAGCUUGACUGCUCACACGCCUUCAUUCAGAUAUUCCACCGAUACAAGUUUUGGCAGCUUUUGCUUGGUUUUGGAGGGUUUUUCCGAAGUUUGUCACGUGCUGUUGAUUAACACGAUCUAUCACUCGGCUGCCAUUCAUUACUGUCGCCAAAAUGUUGCAGUUUUGCGUGAUUUGAGGUAGGUACAGAUGGUAGUCGGGUGAGGUAUUUAUUGCAGACCCAGGGAAAGUCUUUCGUGAAGACCCAUGACCCGAGACGACGUUCGUUCGGUUCGGUCAAAGGGCCGAGGAACGAUCGAUUUUUCGCUGAUUUUUUUGUUCCUGUCAGGCAAAUUCGGAUAAUUGUGUUCCUCGUGUCGGCAUAUAAUAUUCAUUCACGCACGGCUAUCGCGUGAUUCGCACAGUCUGCACCAGACCAGUCUCACGAUAAUUUAAGCUCGAAGGAGCAAAUCGCCGCUCUUUGCUGCGUUCGCCUCUCCGUGUUGUUUGGUAGUGAUGCGUGUUGCGUACGGGUGAUGGUUACGAAGACGAUCGUUUCCGUGACAACGUCAGAUCUAACGGCACCCUGGCCCUGUGGUCGGUAGGCUCCGCCCAACCACGUAGUAGUAUAGCUUUCGCUCUUUAUCGUUCAUGUUUUGGUUUGUCGGCAGCAAGAUCGUUGACAGCAGGAAGCAGCAGUGGCAGCAUGGUAUACGGUGCUUGCGUCUCUGUUGUUUUUCUGGUAUACUUGUAGUCACGGACGGGGCUUGACAUUGUUGGGUGUAUUUAUUAUGCAUUGCUCGUGUAUCAAUGCAUGAUUGGUGGCGUAUUUCCGCGUGAUCCUCGCGUUUCAUCACGAGAUGGUGUGCCUCCCUCUCACUCACGCUGCUCCUGCAGCGUGUUGAUGCGGGGGUCGGUGGACGGGGGGGGGCACUCAUAGUCAUUCGUCCAUGCCGCAGUCGUUAGACAAGUGCCCUUGCAUUCCUAAAAAGCCGGGGGGGGGGGGGGGAGUCAUGUGAUGAACAGCUAUUUCUAGUAAGUUUUCUUAUGCAUUCUAGUAAGUUUUCUUAUGCAUUUACAUGAGUCUUGAGCCUCUUAGGCAGGACAAAGAAAGAAAAAGGCCUUCCUUCGAUGGUUAGUCCGGAAAAAAAAAGUUCUUGUGCUGAUUCUUUUUUCCUCGAGUCUCGAGUUUCUCGGAAUAGGCAGAAAGAAAGAAAAAAGCCUUCGAUGGUGUGUGGAAAAAACCUUCUUGUAAUUACUUCUUUCUGGAUUUACCUGAGUCUGUGUUUACGGGAAGACGCAAAAAGCAAGCCUUGGAUGGUUUGGAAAAACAACAAAACAUGUUUGGAGCUCAU